AUGCCGGUGCAGACGAAGGAGGAGCUCUUGGAAGCGAUGCACAAGAAUCACAUAAAUUUCCCGGAUCGAGAGCACCUCAUUGAACCAUAUGCUUCAGGACCUGAAGUGGACGCUAACUUUGUCCUGGUUGACGGCAGGAUCAUGUUCAGUGAAAUCAACGACGAUUUUCCGUCCGGUGCCGACAUGUCACAGUCACCUUCCUUUACCGAAACUUUCACCAUAAUGCCCUCCGGUCUUCCCCCAUCUGAACUUACUCUGCUCAAAUCACAUCGUAUGAGCUAUGAAAUGCUGGGCCGGGCCAUGGACCUUAUUGAACGACCUCUACCGGACUCUCAAGAGCCAAGCGUUUUCCUCGUUGAGAUCAAUCCGCGUACGCCUGGACAUCAGGAGUCUUUCGCCGUCGAAUACACCUACGGCAUCGACUACUACGCACUGUACACACUUCUUGCGCUGGGGCAGUUACCUGAAAGUUUUGGUAAAGGAAAUAUUCCAGACCCCGCACUCAACGCCUUAGAACGUCUCAGAUGUCCACUUCCCGAGAUGAUUCAGUAUCCCACAAACAUCGCCUUUGUCCCCGUCUCGCGAGGUGGCACAUUUGCUGGAGCAAUGCUCAUUCCAACUCCACUCCUGGCACACAUUCCACAUUACUGA